UCCAUAACCCCUACUACUACUCCUACCUCCUUCACUCCAAAUCCGCCACACCCUUCUCUUCUUCCAUUCUCCUCUAUCUUUCUCCGAAAAAAAAAAACUCGAAAGAGAGAGCCUUUCUGUUUCGGUUAGAUCGGGUCUCUCGAUUUCGGGUCGGCCUCGAUCCGGUUUUUCUUUAAGGGUUAAUUGAGUUUUGAAGAUCGACAAUGGCCACCGAAACCAAACUCGAGAAACGAUUGGAGCCAAACCCUGUUGUUGCUAAACCAGUUGACAACAAUGUGCAGGUUUCUGGAAAAGAUGGAAUCCCAUCAGAUUCAACUCCCACCAUUUUGUCAUCUGGGAGUGGUGCUUCUGACACCAAAGUUAAUGGUAGUGCUGCAUCUACCACCAAAAAGGAGGGUGAUCAAGAGCCACAUGCUGCCUUUGUCCCCCCUACUAGUAGUUAUAAUUAUCAAUACCCAGGCUAUAGUGGGUCCUUCACGCCAUUGGAUGAUCAUGGCUAUUAUCAAGCAGAUGGUUCUCAUAUGGGUAUGCAAUCAGAUAAUGGUUCAAUGGUUUAUUAUUGGCCUAGCUAUCCAUAUGCUUCAGGGACGGUAGUUGGUGUUGAGGGGCAAAGUGUUGCUCAACAGCCAUAUUUUUCUUCCUCUGGAUAUCUACAGCAUCCUGUGUCCUAUGGAUUAGAAACCAUGCCUUGUUAUUCAUGGGAUUCAACAUAUGUUGGUGAUGUCUCAAAUGGAAAUGCUGGUUUUGAAAAUGGAAAAAGUGGCUCGGGUUCCACUGCUUUUGCCAAGUCAAGUGGAUUCAACUCUGUAAAAUCUAAUAGCAACGUUGGAAGCAAAUUUUCCAAGCCUAUGUAUACACAACCUGCCAGACCUAUGACCAAGGUUUCUCCGCUGGGUUCAGAUUUUUCAGCAGGCCUUUACAAGGGAUACCAACCUAUGGGAAAGUUUCCUCCAUUUACUGGCCAAAAACAAGGUCCAUUCCCGCACAGUGGUCCAUUGAACUACAGGCAAAAUGUAAGAAUGUGGAAUGGGAAUUACAGAAACAAACCAAGGGAUAGAUUCAAUAGAAAUGGUGAUUUUGAAAACCAAACUGAAUUAACUCGUGGUCCUAGGGCAUCCAUCAAAAAUGCUCCUUUGGACGACUCGGUAAAAAAUAAUGCUCCAUUGGACUCCUCAGUGAAGGACAUGUUGGGAUUUGCAAUGCAUAAGGAGCAAUACAACUUACCAGAUUUUGAAAUUGAGUAUUCAAAUGCCAAGUUUUUUGUUAUCAAGUCUUACAAUGAAGAUGAUAUUCACAAGAGCAUUAAAUAUGAUGUAUGGGCAAGUACCCCAAAUGGCAAUAAGAAGCUAGAUGCUGCAUUCCACAAUGCAGAAGAGGUUUCAAGUGAGACCGGCACCAAAUGUCCAAUUUUCCUCUUUUUUUCAGUAAAUGGAAGUGGACAGUUUGUUGGCUUAGCUGAGAUGGUUGGUCAGGUAGACUUCAAUAAAGACAUGGAUUUUUGGCAAAUUGACAAGUGGAAUGGUUUCUUCCCAGUUAAGUGGCAUGUAAUAAAAGACAUUCCUAACGGUCAGCUGCGGCAUAUUGUGCUUGAGAAUAACGAUGGGCAUUCUGUAACUUUCAGCCGGGACACUCAAGAGAUUGGACUCGAGAAAGGUUUGGAAAUGCUUAAUAUUUUCAAGAGCUAUUCUGCAAAAACAUCUAUGUUAGAUGACUUCAACUUCUAUGAAAAUCGAGAGAAGUCACUUAAUACCAAAAAGAGCAACAAACCUGCAACUUUGCGAAUGGAAAUAUUUGAGAACAGUGAUUUCCCUAAACAUACAGCAGCUGAAGAAAAGAUAUCUGAAGAUGACUCAAGGGCCAAGAAAACUACCAAUCCCUCGACUCUGAUCAAUUUAACUAAAAAUCUCUCACUCAAUGGUCACAACCAGAAGAGUAACUCUGUAAAGAAGCCGAUAGGAAAUUCAGCCUCCCCUGUUCCUGCACCAUAGGCUUUUUUUAGAGCAUUAGUAAGUUUGUUGCCGUGCUGUAGCUGUAGUAGUUUUUAUCCCUUCUUUUUGAGAGCUGUCUGUUUUAUUUCAUUUGAAGCCAAUUUAAAGAGCUUUGUCCCCUAUAGGUGAGUAGCUUCCUUUAGUUUAUCAGGGAGAUGGUUAGCAGGUGGUUUGAAGUUUUUUAUUUUUAUUUUUUUUAUCUAAUAAUAAUUUAUUUUGAUUGUGUUUUGAA